GCCGAUGCCGCGUGGCUGGCGCCGAGCUGCGGGCGGGGGGCGACCUGAGCUGGAUCCUGCCCCGUCUCCUACCUCAGCGGAGCAGGUGCCAAGUCCGAGGGCUGUGGGCGCUCCACCAUGAGUGUGGGCUUCAUCGGGGCUGGCCAGCUGGCCUGGGCCCUGGCCAAAGGCUUCACGGCAGCAGGCGUCCUGGCUGCCCACAAGAUAAUGGCCAGCUCCCCAGACAUGGACCUGGCUACCGUUUCUGCCCUCAGGAAAAUAGGGGUGAACCUAACCCCCCAUAAUAAGGAGACGGUGCAGCACAGUGACGUGCUCUUCCUGGCAGUGAAGCCACACAUCAUCCCGUUCAUCCUGGACGAGAUCGGCGCCGACAUCGAGAACCGGCACAUCGUGGUGUCCUGCGCAGCCGGUGUCACCAUCAACUCCAUUGAAAAGAAGCUGAUGGCGUUCCAGCCGACCCCCAAAGUCAUCCGCUGCAUGACCAACACGCCGGUCGUGGUGCGGGAGGGGGCCACCGUGUAUGCUACGGGCACCCAUGCCCAAGUGGAGGACGGCAGGCUUCUGGAGCAGCUCAUGGGUAGUGUGGGCUUCUGCACGGAGGUGGAGGAGGACCUGAUCGAUGCCGUCACGGGGCUCAGUGGCAGCGGCCCAGCCUAUGUGAGGACUGCGGAUGGGUGGGCAGCAGCUGGCGGCGGUGGGAGGACCUCAGGGCACAUCUGCCUAUCCUCCACCCUCCUCCCUGCCCCGGCUGCUUUGGGCAGAGCUUCUGGACAACCAUUGUCUGGAGGAGAACUGGCCUGGGACAGUGGCACCUUCUCCCUGCAGGCGUUCACAGCCCUCGAUGCCCUGGCUGAUGGGGGUGUGAAGAUGGGGCUUCCCAGGCGCCUGGCAGUCCGCCUUGGGGCCCAGGCUCUGCUGGGGGCUGCCAAGAUGCUACUGGACUCAGAGCAGCACCCAGGCCAGCUCAAGGACAACGUCUGCUCUCCCGGAGGGGCCACCAUCCACGCCCUGCACGUGCUGGAGAGUGGGGGUUUCCGCUCCCUGCUCAUCAACGCUGUGGAGGCCUCCUGUAUCCGCACACGGGAGCUGCAGUCCAUGGCUGACCAGGAGAAGGUCUCACCAGCUGCCAUUAAGAAGACUGUCUUGGAUAAGGUGAAGCUGGACUCCCCUCCAGAGGCCUUGCUGGCCCCUUCAGGCCACUCCAAGCUGCUCCCCCGCAACGUGGUCCCUGCAGGCAAGAAGGACUGAGGUGUCCCACCUGUGUACCAGGCCACCUUCUCUCUACUGGGCUCGGACUCCUGUACUGGGUGUCAUGUCCUCACGGUAGCCCACUGCCCAUGUGUCUGGUCACCUUGGGUCAACCAGGGUCACAGCCAAGGAGUGGGUACAUCAUUUCCUAGUGGGAAUCUCCCUGAGUACUUCCUGGCCCAGAAGAAGGAUGGGCUGUGUGAUCUCAGCCUCCCCCUUUCUCCGCCCUGAACCUAGAAGGGGUUUCACCUCCCAGUGUCAGCUGGCUUGGGGUUUGACCUCUUCCUGGGCACAAAGGUCAAGGUUCCCCUUCCUGAAGGCCCAGCCAAGGAAAGAGCCCCGUCUCAUACCUGCCACUUUCCCGACCUCCAUUUGCAGGGAGACACCUUUCUUGGUGUGGGAAGGACCAAAGGAGUCCUAUGCAUCCUGAGGGUAGUGGGAAGGACCAUGGUUCUUGGCUGGCUGCCACCUACCCUUUGUUCCCAUUUGACACUUGAGAAAAGUACUCCUCAGAUAGUUGGACUUCCAAGGUCACCGGAACACUCAGGCCACUGUCUCUCAUUCCUGACCUGACUGACAGAUGUUUACACUUCUCCCCUUGACCUUUUAGUUGAAAUAAAUAGGUUUUCAGCCCAAUGCCCUAACUUCUAACUUUGUCACCAUGUGUGGAGGGAUGCCCCAGGUGUCCCAGAGGGUUGUUGCUAUUGGUGUAAUAUUAGGGGCUGAGCCAGUAGCCCAUGGCCAAGAGUCCUUGCUUCCCAGGUAGCCAGGCUGUGGGUGGGGGGUGGAGGACGCGGGGAGAUCUCCUGGUGAGCAGAGGGAAGGGAGCCUCUGGGGAAGUGUGCAGCCCCUCAGAACACAGUCAGCAAAAGUGUGACAAGCCCGGCUGGUGUGGCUCAGUGGUUGAAUGUUGACCCGUGUACCAAGAGGUCGCUGGUUGGAUUCCGAGUUAGGGCACAUGCCCGGGUUGUGCACC